AUGUUUCUUCGCACCGUCUCUCGCGCUGUCCCUCGCAGCACCGCGGCCUUCCGUGCUGCCCCGACUGCCUCUGUGAACGCCCUGCAGACCCGCGCUGCCUCGGACCAUGCUAUCCCCAACCCUACCCUCGCCAACAUCGAGAAGCGCUGGGAGGGCAUGCCCCCUCAGGAGCAGGCCGAGCUCUGGAUGCAGCUCCGUGACCGUAUGAAGGUCGACUGGCACCAGUUGACCCUCCAGGAGAAGAAGGCCGCUUACUACAUUGCCUUCGGCGCCCACGGCCCUCGUGCCCAGGCCCCCAAGGGUGAGGGCUUGCGCGUCUUCUUCAAGGUGCUCCAGCUCACUGCCGCCUCCGUUGCCAUCUUCUACACCGUCCACUCCUUUGCCGGCAAGCAGCCCGGUACCAUGUCCAAGGAGUGGCAGGAGGCCUCCAAUGAAUAUGCCCUGAAAGAGAAGAUUAACCCCAUCCACGGCAUCAGCAAAGAGGGCUACGAAGGCAAGGGCUUUGUCCAGAGCGGCCCCGCUGAGAAGUCAUAG